UCCGAGACGACAGGGUCGCCGUCGCCCGGGGUGAGUGAACCGAAGCGAGUGAGACACACACGAUUGAAACCAUCCUUUUUCCAAUCCAACAGCCUCUCCUGCGCACCUUCAACAUCAUCUCUGUAUUCUUUGUACCUGUCUUCUUGCCUCUGUGCAUCCUCUCGCUAUCUUUCAAUCCUCCUCCAGUCGGUUCAGGAGCCGCGUUCGGUCGCUACCGCCCAGAAUCUCUGCAUACUUCUGUGACGCCAGGAGAAAGAGCGUCCAAAUCUCAUCGACUCUUCAAACUUCGACCGCUACUGCCUUCUGACCAUCCGAGAUGAAGGGCUCCGGCCUCUUCCCUGUCCUUUCCAUCCUCCUCUUCGUCUUCGCCUCCAUCUCAUCCGCCUGGCCAUGGCCCGGCUCCCCCAAUCACAACAUCGAUGCGUUGAUAUUACAGAGGCAAGAUUCGACAUCCACCGACACAGAUAGUGCCGCAGCCACGACGACUGAAUCUGCAGCUGCAACAACAUCUGCGUCAACUUCAGGCACAAUAACAUCGGCAGCCGAAUCGGCAGCAUCGGAAUCCAAAAAUGCCACUAAGACGACAAGUUCCAAGUCCACCUCGAUCGACGCCCGUCUACCACCCGGUGGCAUCGAAAUGAUAACGCCGGCUGCAACCGAUGGAGUACAAUACUAUAAGGUUGGAGACUACAUCACAUUCAAAUGGAACUAUACCUCCCUCUCCGUGACGCCUACGGCAAUUGACGUUCUGGCAUCAUGCUCACUGAAUGAUGCUACAUACACAAUUACUGGAAACAUGUCUGUGGAAGCGACGGGAGCACUCACUUGGGACACGGGCAAUUUCGCCGGAGCCAAUACACAACCAUUUCCUGUUGCAAGUUAUACGCUCGUAGUUUACGACGCUGCGUCAGAGGUAACGGACGUCGCGUCCGCGGGCUACCUGGCUGCUUAUGACCAAUAUAUCUUUGGGAUGUACACUGGGCAACCAUACACUCCCCUCAAUGAGUUCAAGUGCGCCACCUGCAGCGGUGCCCUUUCAAUUCACGAGAAGCAAGCAUUUGGCGUUUUGUUGAUGACCGCAGCCAUUACAGUCAUGUCGUUUACCUGGUUUGCUCGUGGAUUUGGCGCUUUUUCAUGAACACUCCACGACUGCCAAUAUACUUUGCGUUUAAUCAGCGAUUAAUGAAAUCAAUCGGAUGAAAUGUUUACGAGCCGGAUCAUACAAAAAGCAUAGCGGAAAGGAAAGUCAUUGCAGGCGUUCAUGGGUGGAGUGGUCUAAACGGGUUACUGUGGAAUAGACGGAAACCUACAUAAUGGUUCAAGAUCGGGGAAGGACAACGACGUCCGUGUCAACUGCGGAUUUGGAAUGGCAAGAAGACACCAUCUACAACGCAUGCAAAGGAGUAGAUUCUCCCAACCAGGAGUGUUCCUCUGGCGUGGAU